AAAUUUUCAGUCCCAGAAUGAACAAAGUGGCGGGUCUUUCACUUCCCCCCCUCUCUCUAGGGUUUUAAACAGAGGGGUUUUUCAAUUUCCGAACCCCAAAAUCCCCAAUGUCGUUCUCCCUCUUCUCAUCGGCGCAACCGCAGCAAACGCCGCAGCCACAAUCCUCCCUCUUCCAAACCCCAAGCCUCUUCCAAACCCAACAAUCCCCAAACCCCUUUCAGCAAACCCAGCAAUCCCCAAACCCCUUCCAGCAAUCCCCGAGCCUUUUCCAGCAAAAUCAGCAGUCCCCGAGUCCUUUUCAGCAAAGCACUUCCUUGUUCUCGCAACCCCAGCAGCAGCAGCAGCAGCAACAGCAACAGUCGCCGUUUCAGCCGCAGCAGUUUCAGUCUCAGUCGCCGCUUCAAUUUCAGCCGCCGCCGCAGCAGCAGCAGCAACAGCAGCAGCAGUUGUUUUUGUUUACUAAUGACAAGACUCCGGCGAGUUACGGCACCAAGUGGGCCGAUUUACACCCCGAUUCGCAGAAGAUUCUGCUCCAGAUUGAGGAGCGCAUACUGGGGUACAGGGAUGAGAGCCAAAGGCUGGAUCAGUCUAGUCGUCUCUACGAUUCUUCAGUUUCCAAUGAUGGGUUUGAGCAGGAUGCAAGUCGUAUCAUUCAGGAGCUUGGGGGAAUUGGUACUGCCAUGGACCGACAGAAAGCUCUGCUGCAGGAGCUGAUGGCUACCGUGAAAGAGAUGUUACGGAACAGUGAGGUUGCUGUACGUUCUUUCAUGAUGCUACGUCCAAGGUUUCUUCGUCCAAAUGCAGGAGGUACUUCAAAUGGCACUGCAGCGUCACAGGCUCCUGGAGCAACAGAAACACCAGGCUCAACUAGUCAACCAACAACUACUUCUAUAGUUCCAGUUUUUGACUUCUAUAAUGGAGUUCCAAGGAAACCAUCCCCCUUCUUACAGCACACAAUUGCAAGAUUUGAGAAGUAUCUUGGUGAGUGCCGCCAAUGGAUUGAAGAAAUAGAGCAGCUCCUUUUAAAUUCAGAGAGGAACUCUUCCAAUGAUGGAUCCUCAUUGUUGCAAUCUCUCCCAAAAGUCAUGUCAAAUGUGCAUGACUUUUUUGUUCACGUGGCUGCUAAGGUGGAGAGUAUUCAUCAGUACAUUGUAUCCAUGAAAGCAGCUUAUCUUGCUAACCAGCGUCGCCUAGGGGAUGGGAAUGACCCAUUUCUUGAGGCUGAUAGGCGGGAAACAGCAAGGCAAGAAGCUGCUGCUAAGAGAGUGCAUCCAACUUUGCAUUUACCUGCAAUUUCACAACCAUCAACACAAGUGGCUGGAUUAUUGGCCAGCUCAGGAAGUCAGGCGGCAUCAACGGCUCCACAGACAUCUGCAGCUACUACAACAGCUUCAUCUGGGAGUGCAUUCUCACUUUUCAGUACACCUUCCGCUCCAUCUUCUUCUUCCAUGGCUUCAUCUUUGUUUGCAACACCAACCACUCCUGCUCCAGUAUCUUCUCUUUUUGGACCAUCAUCUGCUACGCCCCAGACAUCAACUGCUUCUCAGCUAGGCAAUACUGCUCAGGCCUUGGGUUCUACUACUCCUGUGGGAGGUUCAUUAUUUUCUACUCCAUUUGCUUCCGGUCCUGCAACAUCAUUUGGGUCUAGCUUUGGGGCUGCAACGAAAUCAACAAAGCCAAAAACUCGGUCUGGCCGACGUUAGUUGCAGUGGGUUUCACCGUUUCAGGCCACUAAAUCUGGAAGACUGCUGUCAUUUUCAGAAAGUAUCUGUGUUUUCAAGUGUCGAGGAGCAUUGUCUUUGCUCUUUAGCUUCUUUUGCUGAAUUGAUCUUCGGAGUUUUCCACCGAAUCUUGUACCGCCUCUUCAGCGCAUAGUGUAUUGUAAUGUUGCGACGAGAUGUCGAAACAUCCAUGUCACUGUAACAUUAGUAUAGGAUUUAGGUCAGAUUAUUUGAAUGUGUUCACUAGAAAAAGUGUAGUCCAUUUGUCGAAACAUCUGGAGCGUCAAAUAAAGAUGUCAAAAGUUUUCCAAUGGGUUUAGCUUUUGAUAGCUGGUCCGAGAA